AUGGAUUUUGACCUUGUUGUUCGCAAUGGCACCGUCGUGACUGCCUCAGACAUCUGGGAGUCCUGUGAUAUUGGAGUCAAAGAUGGAACCAUUGUCGCCGUCGGUCCUCGUCUUCCAGUCGCACCCGGCGCGCAAGAGAUCGACGCUGAGGGGGCUUUUAUAACUCCAGGAGGAGUCGACUGUCAUGUCCAUCUGAGCCAGGCUAAUCAUUUUCUCCACUCUCUGUUCUCGGAUUCUUAUCAUGAGCAGAUAUACGAAGCCACCGUCGGUGUGGAUAUCGAUCACUCUGUCAUUACGAAUGGGGUCGUUCCAGAUCGCGAAAACUACGUGUCUGACACGUACGACACGGGCACGCGGAGUGCAGUAGCUGGAGGAACAACCACAGUAGUUACGUUCGCUUCCCAAAUGAAGAAGGACGAGAGUAUCAUUCCUGUCAUUGAGGACUAUCACAAACUCGCCAAGGGCCAGUCCUACUGCGACUACUCUUUCCACGUCAUCAUCACCAAUCCAACACCACAAAUCGUUGAAAAUGAAUUCCCGCGGAUGGUCGACGAAUAUGGAAUUACGAGCGUAAAGUUGUUUAUGACAUACAAGCCGAUGAAGCUUCAAGAUUACCAGAUUCUUGAUCUCAUGUAUUCUGCUCGCAAACUUGGUAUCACCACUAUGGUGCACGCGGAGAAUGCAGAUAUCAUCGACUGGAUGACACAGCAUCUCGAGGAGAAGCUCAUGACGCAUCCCCACCACCAUGGUACAUCUCGCCCUCCGAUCGUGGAAGCUGAGGCGACGAACCGCGUGAUAUGUCUGGCUGAGCUUAUGGAUACGCCGAUCCUGCUGGUGCACAUCUCCGGCGGGCAUGCCACAAAGCACAUUCGCGAUGCACAAACGAGGCUCCUUCCGAUUUACGGCGAAACUUGUCCACAGUACAUGUUCCUUCUCGCCGAUUCCAUGCGGAAGGGGGAUUUCGAAGGUGCGAAGUGCGUGUGCUCACCUCCGAUCCGGGAAGAUAAGUCCGACCAAGACGCCAUAUGGGCCGGGGUCAAGAACGGGACCUUCACUAUCGUUUCUUCAGACCACGCCCCCAGCAAGUACAAUCAUCCCAACGGAAAGCAGCGAGGGCUCCAACACGGAAACCUUCCGUAUGGCAAAUUCCAUUCGAUCCCGAACGGCCUGCCUGGUGUGGAGACCCGUGUUCCGCUCCUGUUCGCCGGCGGCGUGCUCUCUGGGCGCAUCUCCCCACAGAAGUUCGUCGAGGUGACAUCCACCAACCCGGCUAAGCUAUAUGGAUUGAAGAAAAAGGGCAGCAUCGCCCCUGGUUUCGAUGCUGAUCUGGUAAUCUGGUACCCGCAAGCAAAUUUCCAGCCAUUCAACCUCACGAAUGAGAUGUUACACCAUGCUAUCGACUAUACGCCAUUUGAGGGAAUCGAGUUCAAGAACUGGCCGAGGUACACGAUCAUCAGGGGUAAGGUAGUGUUCAGCCAUGGAGAGGUAGUUGGGGAGAUGGGGUAUGGUCAGUACAUCCGGAGGGAGAAGAGUCUGCUUCCGGGACCAAGAGAUGUUUGGUUGAGCGAAUGGCGGCCCUGA